AUGCUCGAGGUGGGCCGGGGGCGCUUCCGGGUGUCCCACGUGGUGGGUGCAGGAGGUGAGCGGAUGGAAGCGUCCAGGAAGGAAGCGCUGAACGAGCAGAUAAAAGAACAAAUUGUUCUCAUUGAUGAACUCACCAAUCUGAAAACAAAUCGGGAAGUGUAUAAGAGGCAGCGCAAUAGCAAUAUAUUAUUCGUAGCAAAUCGAUCACAGACUCUGAGUGAAUGUAAAGGUUCCCUUGAUGAAAUGAAAAAGGAAUACCAGGAACUGGAAACUGCGGAGAAAGUGAAGAAGUAAUCAAAGCAGUGGCAAAAUAUAUGCUAUUAAUUGAUAUGGAUAAAUUAAAAAGCACAAAAUGUGUGGAAUUUGUUGUGUGUUAGCUUUAGCUCCUCACGAUGUUCCUGUUAUUUUGGGAGAGGAAGUGCUCGAAAGCCUUCAACGGAGAGGUCCUGACUGCAGUCAACAAUUAUCCAGAGUGGUGCCUGAGCUGGGCUAUAAUUGUUGCUUUUCCGGUCACGUGCUGCAUAUGAGAGGAUGCCUGAAUCCACAGCCCAUGCAAGAUGCUCAGGGCAAUCUCCUCCUUUGGAAUGGGGAGGUGUUUGGAGGUAGUAUUGAAAUUAAACCUGAAGAUAAUGACACUCGGGUUAUCCUUCAGCAUUUGUCUUCAUGUAACAACGAAGAAGCCAUUCUAUCUGUCUUUUCAUCCAUUCGAGGACCAUGGACUUUUAUAUACUACCAACCAUCCACUCACUGCUUGUGGUUUGGCAGAGACUAUUUUGGCCGGCGGAGUUUAUUAUGGCAGUUUAAUAAUCCUUACUUUACCCUUGUAUCAGUGAGUGCUUCUCUCUCAACUUGUGCAAGUGUUCCUUGGCGUGAGGUGCCAGCACGUGGACUUUAUAAAAUUGACCUACAGAAACAACCCAAUGCCAGCUCGCUGGCAAUAACAUGGUAUCCAUGGAAACAUAUUUCAAAUGAACAUGACUCGACUUCUCACCUGGAAGCUCAGUUCACUGAAGAACCUCCUAAUUUUGUUUCUGUGCUUUUGAAUGAAUCCAAGCUUUCCCCCACAGCCCCCAUCACUCCUAUGAAUUGCAGUAUUCCAGAUCCAGGUACAGAUAAGAAGUCUUGUGCAAUAAAUAUUGACAUGUAUCUUUCAGAUCAACACAGGAAAAAAAUAGUCCAUCAAUUUAUUGAUGUUUUAAGUGAAUCUGUUAGACGACGAGUGCUUUCUUUACAAAGAAACCAAAAUCCAUCUGAUUCUGUAGCUCAUGCAAUGGAUUCUGAUAAAGCAAAAAUAGCCAUUCUUUUUUCUGGGGGUGUUGAUUCUAUGGUUCUGUCUGCCUUGGCUGACCGUCAUGUUCCACCAGAUGAGCCUAUUGACCUACUGAAUGUAGCCUUUGAGCAGCGGGAGAGGAAAAUGCAGAAGAUCUCAAAGAAAAAGCAAAAGCAAAAGCAAACCAAUACUUUGGGUGUAUCAGAUGCAGAGACGUCAAAAAAUGACAGUGGCAGUAUUGAAGAGAGGACUGCUUUUAACGUGCCUGACCGAAUCACUGGACGGUCAGGUUUAAAAGAAUUGCAAGUUAUAAAUCCUUCCAGAUGUUGGAAUUUUAUAGAAAUUAAUGUCACUUUAGAGGAACUGAAAGAGAGGAGACAACACCGGAUUAGUCAAUUGGUACAACCUCUGGACACUGUUUUAGACGACAGCAUUGGCUGUGCAGUGUGGUUUGCUGCAAGAGGCAUUGGUAUCAACACCAGUAAUGGAGACAGAACACAGCCCUAUAUCAGUACUGCAAAGGUAGUGCUCACUGGAAUCGGUGCUGAUGAACAACUUGCAGGUUAUUCUCGUCACCGCAUAUGCUACAAAAUGUCAGGUUUUGAAGGCCUGGUCAAAGAACUGGAGAUGGAACUUGGUCGCAUCUCCUCGCGUAACCUUGGAAGAGAUGACAGAGUCAUUGGGGAUCACGGGAAAGAAGCAAGGUUUCCAUUUUUGGAUGAAACAGUUGUUUCUUUUCUAAACUCGCUUCCUGUUUGGGAAAAAGCAGAUUUGACUCUAGCUCGUGGGAUUGGCGAGAAGCUGCUUCUACGGGCAGCUGCAAAAGAACUGGGUCUGUCUGCAUCUGCUGUUCUCCCAAAGAGAGCAAUGCAGUUUGGGUCUAGAAUAUCAAAGAUGGAAAAUCAUAAAGAAAAGGCCUCUGAUAAAUGUAGCAGAUUAUUGCAAAACAUGGUAGAUUAGGUGUCAUUGUUAUUUUUCUGUAAAUGUAUCCAGGAAGGUAAAGAGCUAUAAUAUUUGAAGCUGUUUGUUCCAUUAAUUCAAAAUAAUAACUAAAAUGGAGGAUAGUUAUAUCAGUUAUAUAGAUAUAUACAUUUAAAAUGACGAUAGUUGCAUAUUUGUUUUGUUUUCUUUCCCCACAAACAGCUAGAAAAUACUAACCCCUACAGCGGCUACUACAAACCAAUUUAGACAGAAAUCACUUAAAUAUACUUGACCAGGCAAAAUGACUAGUCUUAAAUUUAACUGAUAAUGUAAGAUCUACACCUUUAUAUUUAUUUUCUGUAACUUGAGUUUUAAUAUUUGGUCAUGAUACCUAAACAUUUUGAGACAUGAGUGACACGAAUAUAUCAGUUAACUCAUUACAGAACUUGAGUAUCAUUUUAGUAUCUCUAUUGUAAACAGGCAAUGUUAUCUUUUCAGGCUAACAUCAGGUAAUUAUGUAACCCAGUUUCAUAUUUCCAAAGAUUUAAAAAUAAAUGGUACUUAAAAUAUUUACCGACACACAAUUUGUGCUGGGAAAUGAAAGUAAUAUCAUUAUUUACUGUUCAAUUAAUAUGCCAAAUAGUGUUCUUCUUCUUGCGUAUGGCGUGCACAGCCUAAAGUUGUAGGACAACUUGUUCUAUUUGAUCUUAAUUGAUUGUGCACGCCAGAUUAAUUGCAUUCAUCGAAACAGGGCGGACCACGUGAAGGUUGCAAUCUCCCACCCCCCAAAUAGUGUUAAAAUACUUUCAAUUUACAGCUGUCAACUGCAUUGCUCCACAAUAUCAAUACAUAUAGUAGCUUACAAAAUCAGCAUGCAUGAACUGUCGGUUCAGAUUUUGCAGUAGUAAUCAUGGCAAAACCUCCUGGUGUUUGCCAUUGUUAAAAUAUGAAACUGAUAAACAUUGAUUAAGUUUGUACAGGCAUACUUUAAUGCAGAAGUACCAAAGCUGUCAGUAAUCCAGCACAUCUUCAUAGGCCACACUCUGCAGCUUUCAUUGAAUUUGGCUAAAAUUAAUAACUGAUAUUAUUUCAAGCUCCUUAUGAAGUAAUACCACUAACAUAUCUGAAAACUGUAUCUUUAGUUAGAUGAAGUCUGAGUUUUUUUGUGGUAUACCAAUCCUUAACUGCUGUUUAGCAAACCAUUGAACCAUUAAAAAUCAAUAUUUUUGUGCAUUGUAAAUUUCCUGAAUUGUUUCAUGUGGAAUUUAGAUGAUUUCAAUAAUUAU